ACUCUUAUAAAAACUCACUGAUCUCCGCAGAGACAAACACACAGAACGCAGAAGAACAGCAGCAGCUUCACCGACGAAUCUUCCAACACGUUUCUCUGAAGCUCGACAAAACUUUUUCUUGGAGCGAAAAAGUCUCAGAGAAACAAAACAUGAGUCACGUCGACGUCAAAAACCUCAAACCCACCAGUUUUGAAGACAAAUACUACGACGAAUAUGAAUAUUAUAACUUAACCGACAAAUACGCAGAGGGUUCAGCCCGUAAAGGAAGGACAAAGAAGGAAGCCAGCGCAAACACCAACAGACCAAACCCAGGAGGACAUGAGCGCAAGAUUGUGGAAAAACUGCAGAACAGCGAGAAGAAAGCCAAGGCGUGAACACUGAGGACGACUCGGACGGCUUAUCCCGGACACGACCAUGGCCUCCUUGGCAACAGAACGAGACGUGCAGACAGAAGGAGCGUCCUGAGCUCCGAUUUGGGCGAGGUUUCACCUGGGCGUGAGAAGGAGACCACAGAUCCAGAUGUUCCAGCUGCAGCUUCAUCAUUGUCGUCGUCUCUGACGGGCAGCAGCAUGUGGCUCCUCCGCCUGUAGGUGCUGUAAAGCACUCACCUGUGGUGGCGUGCACCCGGUCCCUGUUUGGACCCUGUGGGUGCACCUGUGAUUGUGGUGGUGGCGGUUGGGUGAUUUCUAUGUGUUGAUGAGUUUUCAAUGAAUUUUUUAAAAGUUUGUUUCUAUUAAAAUCUUUUUUAAAAGA